AUGGCAUUCUGGAAAUUUCUCACCAGGGAGUCGAUACUCAGCCUUUGCGUCUUAGGCACGAGAAGAGUUGCAACAACCUUACCCGCCGUUCCUGUUGCCACGUUUUUCGGGCUGUUGACUCCGCCAGAACUGCACAUUACCCGAGACCGGAGCCCUCUCGACCAGCUUCCCGCUCGUAGAAGUGGACCUGGCCCAGGAUGUUCCAGGCCCACAACAGCCGCUGUCACGAAGGUUAAAGCUAUAAAUUGCUCAGUUCUCCCGCCAAACCUUCAAUAUGCCGGAACGGCCACAAAAACCCGGUCUAUUCCGUUUGUGGCAAGCGGGCUGGUUUAA